AUGGUGCCACGACGUGCUCAGUCUAUGAUGGGAGACAACAAUGUCCCCAAUCAUGUUCCCCAAACUGCGGAGUUUAGAGAAUUUCAGGAGGAGAUACGGAAUGAAUUCCAUACAUUCCAGGAGACCAUGAUACAAACCUUGAUUGCACAUCUCCCACCUCCACCCCCAGCGCGAGGUCCGGAACCGGGGGAAGAGGACCUACCUCCGCCGCCACCUGCACCGACAGCGGCAGGAGACUACCUACCGAUUGUUCAGGAGUUCCGGGUCAUGCAUACUCCAAGGUUUGAGGGAUCGUUGGAUCCCGAGGUUGCAGAAGAAUGGAUGACAUGCAUCACACGGGACCUGGAAUAUGUUCAGUGCCCCCUACAUUAUCGAGCACUACUAGCGAGCCAUCACUUGUCCGGACAAGCUCGACAUUGGUGGGCGAAGGUGAUACAUGAGAUGCCGGAUGGACAUCAGUUCACCUGUGAGGAAUUCAAGGAAGAAUUUGAGAGAAAGUACUACCGCCGACAGAAUCAAGAACGCCGCCUCUCUGAGUUCUUAAACCUGCAACAAGGGAACAUGACUGUGAGGGAGUAUGAAGGUGAAUUCGUACGUAUGCUUAAUUAUUCGGUGCAUCUGGUGCCCCGGGAAAGCCAGAAGAUCAAUAAGUUCGUCGUGGGACUGCGACCCUCACUCCGCUGGAGAGUCACACUCCACGAGUUCCGAACUCUGAGCCAUUGCAUUGAUCAGCUGGAGAAGGCAGAGGAAGCGGAGAAUGAUGAGAGAGCCAGCAGGGCCCGUGACCGUAGUCCUCCCAGACGCCACCCCUAUACGCGUCUGUCAGGGAAGACCGGUCAGACUGGCCAGAGCAGCCGAAUACAAGACAAGGGUAAGGCGCUAGCCACCCAGGCACCACCUCCGCCACCUUGUCGAGGACCACUUGUUUGCUAUCGAUGCCAGCAGCCAGGACACUAUGCGGCAUAUUGUACGGUGAGACCCGCAGAGUCGCAAGCGCAAGCGGCUAGACCACCACCUCCACCGACACCUGCGGCUGGAGUUGGAGUGGUCCCGAGGGUUUAUGCUCUACAGGCGGAACAAGAGAUUCAUGAGGAGGAGGUUCAUCUCGACGGAGUCGAGGCAGAUGCGAUCACAUGUACCCUUCGCUUAUACGGGGUGUCUUGUUAUACAUUGUUUGACAUUGGGGCGACUCACAGUUUUGUGAGUGCGGACAUAGUGGAGAGAAUCGGUACAGGAGAGGUCGAUCCGAUGAGUAAUUUUACAGUGCGUACACCGGAAGGGGAAACCCUUACAGUUCAAGGGACCUCGUGUGGCGUACCCCUUGACAUUUGCAGCCGAAAAAUGACAGCAGAACUUAUUGUGGUGCCCAUAGGAGUCUAUGACCUCAUAUUGGGCAUGGACUGGUUGACGAAAUAUCAGGCUUAUAUCGACUAUCCCUAG